CGGGCCUUUCCGGAAUAGAGGUGGAGAGAAGCGACCAUAGCGGAUUGUACUUGUCGGUCAGAGCGGUUUCUAAUGCGUUGUUCCAGAUGAUGCGCGGGAAGACCAUCAUCGUUACCGGGGCGAACAGCGGCAUAGGCCGGGCCACGGCGGUGGAGCUGCUGCGGCGGCAGGCCCGGGUGAUCAUGGCCUGCAGGAGCCAGGAGAGAGCGGAGCAGGCGGCGCAGGAGAUCCGGCAGGAGGCCGGGCCGGAGCAGGGCGAGCUGCUGGUCAAACUGCUGGAUUUAGCGUCGCUCGGGUCGGUGCGCAGUUUCUGCGACGAGAUUAUAAAGGAGGAGCCCAGGAUUGACGUUCUAAUCAACAAUGCCGGCAUCUACCAGUGUCCCUACACAAAGACGGAGGACGGCUUCGAGAUGCAGUUCGGCGUGAACCACCUGGGCCACUUCCUCCUCACUCACCUCCUGCUGGACCUCCUCAAACGCUCCGCCCCCAGCCGCAUCGUGGUGGUCUCCUCCAAGCUGUACAAGUACGCCGACAUCAACUUUGACGACCUGAACAGCGAGCAAAGCUACGACAAGGCUUUCGCUUACGGACGCAGUAAGUUGGCCAACCUGCUCUUCACGCUGGAGCUGGGCCGGAGGCUGGAGGGCACGGGCGUGACGGUGAACGCUCUCACCCCCGGCAUCGUGAGGACUAACCUGGGUCGCCACGUCUACAUCCCUUUCCUGGUAAAGCCUCUGUUUAGUCUGGUCUCGUGGGCUUUCUUCAGAACACCGGAGCACGGAGCACAGACCUCCAUCUACCUGGCCUGCUCCCCAGACGUGGAGGGGGUGCAGGGGAAGUGCUUUGCUGACUGCCACGAGGAGGAACUGCUCCCUAAAGCUACGGAUGAAGAGGUGGCUAAGAAACUGUGGGACAUCAGUGAGGUGAUGGUGGGUAUCAGCGCCUAGUGGAGAGCAUCUAGCGGCAGCUCUCUGCCAAAUAACGGACGAUCAAAGUCGAUGGACAGUUAAGAGUGAUGCCUUAUCUGAUUUGAUAAAUUAUUACAGUACAACUCCAUCAUAAUUCUUGUCAAGCUGUUUCACCAAUUUAGUUCAGCACUGACUUCUGCAGUGAACACUUGUUUCCUGUGAGCAAACUAAUAAAUCAAGCUGUUGCCAAACCUAA